CUCAAGAGCAGCACUUAAGUCAAUAUUACUUUCCACCAGUGACAGCAGCUAACGGUUUUACUUGAAAUCUUCUAAUCUGGCAACACCGGGCUCGAGCUCCCUGCUACUGCCACCUAUAGCAGGGCGAUAGCUAUCAUUCAUACUGAGUGAGUCUACAUUUGGUUUGGAACCCAUACGCACAUCUAUGGACGCUGAGGUUGUCCCCAAAUGUCUUUACGGGUGUCACUACAUAACGUAUUACAGGUUGUCUGAAGCGUGACUCUCUGUCCCUGCGUGGCUCUGACCAGCAGGUGGCAGAGCAGACCGGCCUUCUCUCCAAUGUGACCCUGCUCUGCAGCUCCACGGUCAAACAACCAGCCACUUCCCACUGAACAAAAACACACAGACGCAUGCACACGGAGGUACAUUUCCACUGUCUGUGUCACACACUACAGGGCCACUUAAAGACAGAGAAAGAUAUCUGAAAAACAAGGCAGCAGCUGCACAGGUGGAGCUGGAGGGAAAUCAGCAGCUAAUUCAACUAAAGAAGUGUGUCCGAUGGGUGGAGGCGCCACCCGGCUGUACAGCGCCCUGACUCAGACCCGCAGCAGCUCUCCUCUCCCCCUCCCCCUCCCCCUGUCCCAGCAGCCUGACAACACAAACCUGGAUCCAGCUUCCUGCCAGCAGCAGAAGGGGUCCCCUGCAUGUCCCCCCGAUCCAGCGGAGCUGCUUCGACAGUGUGAAGAGGCCCUGGGUGACCGACCACAUCGCCUCCACAGGAAGUUCACUCACCUCAACCAUGGAGACAGCGCCCCCAGCAGCCCCAUCAGGCUGAUGCAGUGGAACAUCCUGGCCCAAGCCCUGGGCGAGGGACUUGACAGUUUUGUCCAGUGUCCUCCGGAGGCCCUCAGCUGGUCCCGUAGGAAGUACCUCAUCCUAGAGGAGAUCCUCACCUACCGACCUCAUAUCCUGUGUCUGCAGGAAGUCGACCACUACUAUGACACCCUUCAGCCGGUUCUGGCAGGCCUGGGUUACAGCAGCAACUUCUGCCCUAAACCCUGGUCGCCGUGCCUGGACGUGGAGGGCAACAACGGCCCCGACGGCUGCGCGCUGUUCUUCGAUCAGUCGCGGUACGAGUUCCUGGACAGCGUGAGCAUACGCCUCUCUGCCAUAAGGAUUCCAACCAAUCAGGUUGCCGUGGUGACAAUGCUGCGUUGCCGGAGCACAGGGAGAUGCGUGUGCGUGGCCGUGACCCACCUGAAGGCUCGUUCUGGCUGGGAGUGGCUCCGCAGCGCCCAGGGCUCCGACCUGCUGCGACACGUCCAGAACGUGGUCCAGAAACAAGCCGCUGAUCCGGCGGGUGUCCCCAGCUCUGACAUUCCUCUGCUCAUAUGUGGAGAUUUCAACGCAAUCCCGACUGAGGAGGUGUACCGACGUUUCGCCGCGUCGCCUCUCGGUUUGGACUCUGCCUAUAAGAAACUCAGUCACAACGGUUUGACUGAGCCGGCGUACACGACAUGGAAAAUUCGGCCUACAGGGGAAUGCUGCUCCACUCUGGACUACAUCUGGUACAGUCAGCACACACUGAGAGUGGACGCCGUUUUGGACAUGCCCACUGAGGAACAGAUUGGGCCAAACAGGCUUCCGUCCUUCAGCUAUCCAUCUGACCAUCUCUCUCUGGUGUGUGACUUCAGCUUUAAGGAGACGUGAGAAGGAAACGAUGAACACACACACACAUACACGGGAAGGGAUGCAGUCGAGUUGGCUUCAGUCAACAGUAAGCCGCGCUGAUGGGACACCAUGCGGGAGUGACGGGGGUGGGGAGUGGACACAGGACAGAGAAACUAGAGUGGGACGUUGGUUACUGUGCGUGGAUUGAAAAGUCAGAUAAUUUAUGACGCUGAAUGGCAGUCUACCUCCCCACUGUGCGAGUGUUUCUGCACCAGGUUAAUCAUCUGCACACAAACUGAAAGUGCGCAGUGAAAAAUUAAUGUUUUAAUUAUUUAUAUAUAUAUAUAUAUAUAUAUAUAUUAUACACACAGACACACAUAAGUAAAUGUUGUAGGGAUCGACUGAUACAGGUUUGUCAAGGUCAAUACCGGAACAGAUAUGCAUUUACAGUGAAAAGGAAAAGCUUUACAUCCAAAUUAAGAUUUUGGAUUGUGUGGCCAGGUUGGCUCAGUGGUAGAGCAGGCGCACAUGUACUGAGAGGUUUAUUCCUCAAUGCAGUGGUCCAGGGUUGGAAUCCAACCUGUGACCAUUUCCUGCAUGUCUUCCCCCUUUCUCACCUAACUGGCCUGUCAAAUAUUAAAGGCAGAAAAGCCCCAAAAAAUAAUCUUAAAAGAUUUUGGACUGUUAUAUACUCCGACACAAAACUUUGUUUAGCUGCUUUACGCAAAUGAUUUAGAAACUUUCAACAUAAUACCCAGUAACAGAGAGUCAGACAGUGUUGGGGGGGGGGGGACAUGAAGUCCGACUCAGUGGUGAGAGAAACCGGAGCAGAGGGACAGACACAGAGCCAAACACUUUUUAACGAAAUAACUUUAUUGGUUAUCAGGCAGAUAAACAAUGACAGGUAAUCUCAUCCGAUCGGUCUAUCCCUAAAUGUUGUGCUUCACACUGCCAAUGUACUACAGAGGGACAGAGAAUAAAGUAUUUUACCUGUGCACGAGUUGUUUAUUUUUAACAACUGCAGCUUUGGCAGUAGAGUACAGUGUGGAUUUACUAUUUAGUCUCUGUGACCACGCGCUCGUUGCUUUGCUACGUAUGGGCUGCUGAGGGAAACGAAGGGGUCCUUGCUGAAUCAUCGAGUGGUUUCUAGCGAUCCAAAGUGUUCUGGUUUUACUUGUACAGGGUAUAGAAGUCAUUGUAAAUGUGUCUCUGGUGCUUACAGCGUUACUGCAGUGUGUCCAUGAAGAAACAAUGUCCCGGUGGAAUAAUCCCCAGAACUCCCUGUUAACAAAAGUAGUCCAGAUUAAAAACAA